GUUUAGGAUAGCCUGUCAUUGCGGAAGUAGCUUCAAUGAAGAAAACGUUUUUUGUUGAGAAUUGAAAGAUAAUAAUUUACUAUCGUGAGAAAACGAAUCACGGUAUAUAGUUAGAGAUACUAACCGUUUUUACUGUGUCUAUUGCUGGCUUUUUGAAGAGUAGCAAAAUGUGUAAUGGUUGUGUGCUGAAAGAGUACCCUGACAGGGGGAACACCUGUUUGGAGAAUGGCUCCUACUUGAUGAACUACCUGGGCUGUGCCAACUGUCACCAGAGAGACUUUGUGUUGAUCAGCAACAAGGCCACAGAGGAUGAGGAUGGAGAGGAGAUAGUCACCUAUGAUCAUGUGUGUAAAACCUGUGACCACGUCGUAGCCAGGCAUGAGUAUACCUUCUCUGUAGUGGACGAUUAUCAGGAGUACACAAUGUUGUGCAUGCUGUGUGGGAAGGCAGAAGACUCCAUCAGUGUGCUGCCAGAUGAUCCCAGGCAAACCGCCCCUCUCUUCUAGAAAUCAAGAGUACAAUAACAGACUGAGAUGACCAGAUGUAAACAAUCAAGAACUGCUAGCUCAACAUGGACCAGAAGUCCCAUGAAAGAGAUAGACUAUUAGCAUUCUAGAAAAUAGAGCAGGUAUUCUAGAACACAUACCACAUCUCAAACCCAGGGCCAUAUAGCCAUGCAUCUCUAUAUGGCUCUGCCCAGACAUAACAUUUCACUUAUAGAACACAGAACUUGUCUAAGAUGGCAAGUCCUAAAUUCAGCAAAUUGAAGAAAUAAUACCAGUCUUCUUUAACAUAGACUUAUCAUCAGCAGUAAGGGUAAGCAAAGACCACAUAGUAUAGAACAUGCUACUCAUCAUUGACCACAGAGGUAUAUACCGUCCAAUUUAGCUAGAAUUGGAUUGUAGGGUCUAGUUCACUCAGUAACAACCCCAAGCCCCUACCCCAUAAGCACUAUCAGAUUCAUCUUGGCCUAUCAGAGCGCAAGAAGGAGCUACUACCAUAUCACAUAUACCUACGGAUCUACAUGAAGUUUAUUGAAGGUUUUGGGGCUAAGUGUUGUUUCUGAACAGGGCCUAGGUUGGAGGCUAGGGGUUGUUUCUGGACAGGGCCUAGAUUAGGGACUAGUGGUUGUUUCUGUAUAGGGCCUAGGUUGGGGGCUAGGGGUUCUUUCUGGCUAGUGCAUAGGUUUCCAGACAAAUACAUGUUUUAGGGCUUGGAACCCUAGUUAGAUCUAGACAGACUGCUGUUAAGGAGAAAUAACAGUUACAGAUCACAUGAGUGUUUAAAUAGCUUUCACAGUAUUGUUUUUUAAAUAUAAAUAUUAAGUGAAACAAAUGUUUGUAUGUGGGGGGGUGUAAUGGAUCUGCACACACUUUGUACGCAUUUGUUGGUUAAAACGUAAAAUAAAACAUUUGUUGGUUGAAUCGUAACAUAAUAAAGAUAACGUGUAGGUA